AUGACAGGUCUUACACUUAACCUGGAUCUAUCAAACAUACAUAAAAACCCAGAGAUUAAUGCCGGGCUUGUGAGAAGAGAAAAGAUUGCUUUCUUCGAUAAAGUGCGUUCAAAAGUGGCUGAACAUGUCUUUCUUGGUGGGGAUGCAGUUGCAAAAGAUAAGGAUAUACCAAACCAAAAUGGGAUUACUCAUGUUCUUAACUGUGUGGAUUUCGUAUGCCCCAAGUAUUUCAAGUGUGAUUUCAUAUAUUGGACUUUGUGGUUGCAAGAUAGCCCGUCAGAAGAUAUUACUAGCAUUCUCUAUGAUGUUUUUGACUACUUUGAAGAAGUCAGGGAGCAACAUGGAAGGGUUUUUGUACAUUGCUACCAAGGGGUCUCUCGGUCAACCUCUUUGGUUAUCGGUUAUAUUAUGUGGAGAGAAGGACAAAGUUUUGAUGAUGCAUUUGAGUGCGUAAAGUCAGCAAGGGGCAUCGCAGAUCCAAAUAUUGGUUUUGCUUGUCAGUUGUUACAAUGCCAAAAAAAGGUUCAUGCUUUCCCUUUGAGUCCAAGUUCAUUAUUAAGGAUGUAUAGAGUCGCGCCUCAUUCACCAUACGAUCUUUUGCAUCUCAUUCCGAAAAUGUUAAAUGAUCCUUCUCCGUCAACAUUAGAUUCCAAAGGUGCAUUUAUUAUACAUAUACCCUCAUCAAUAUAUGUUUGGAUUGGUAGAAAGAGUGAAGCUGUCACGACCAGAACCAGGGCCUGGCCGUGA